AUGGAGUCUUCAACUUCCUCAAUCUCCAUGACAGCCUCCUCAAACCCACCUUCCAAACGCCUUUUGUUUGAUCGCCGUUAUGGUUGGGUAAUUGAUGAAUGGAAAGACCCAUCGGAGGAAGCUCUGGCAGGUGGCCGAGGAAUGUUUUGCGUCCUGCCUCUUGCAAAAUCUUUGAUAAAGAUGGCUUCGCAGUCGAUUAAUCUUGCAGCGAACUCAGCAGUGAAAGUUCUUGAAAGGCCAGACCUGCUUUCUCCUCAGCUAUUGCAAGCUGGUCUAAAUGAUCGGCUUUACAAAAUUAAGUCUUCUUUGCCAAAACCGGAAUUCAACUAUUUCUUACUCAAAGGAAAUCUCUCAUCAAAAGCUGCUAGUUCCUCCUCACCAUUUAGGGGUCGUUUGGCACAGCGGACUGUCAUGGACUGGACUAAAUCUUGGGACUGUCUCGGAUUAACUCGGAUUGGCCUAAGCUGGAUAAAGUACUAG